AUGCCGCCUCCAACCACCACCAACCAACCUGCCGCCACCACUCCCCUGAGAGACCCCCCCUCUUCCGCGACCGCCUCCGCCGCCACUUCUUCUCUCGCCGUCGCCGCACAAACGACGAGCACAUCGACCGCCCACACACCCUCCUCUCUAGCUAGCCACAUCUCUCCAAUCACAGAGGAUACCAGCCUCUCCUCCUACACCGCCGACUCCGAGAGCAGCCUCCCUCCCUCCACCUCCACCACCCCUCUCCUCAAGAAACUCCGCCGCAUGAGAGACUCGUAUCACUGGUAUUGCAGUCACCGAAGCCGUAUGAAUCAGCAGCCAAUUCGCUGCAAAUCUACAAUCUCGAUCAAGAAGGACACYGAAAGUGGAGAUGAUGACGAUGGAAAGGGACAUGGGUUGACCUUCGCAGACUGGAGAAGGAAGAAGUGGAACAAGUCGAUUAUUCAAAAGCAGAAGGCUUUGGGACUAGAGAGUAGGGGAAGUAUGUGA